GUGCUUCAGAAUGGGGACAUCAGUGCACAACCAGAGAGCUGAAUGUUUUAACAGUAUUUUAAAGCGGACAUGGAUUAAGAAAUGGCUGACAACAUUUGAGGCCAUGAUGGAGUCUGGGAUCCUUGAACUGGACAAUCCUGUGCACAUCAACUGCUUGCAGUACUCACACUUGCCACUGCUUCAAAGAGACUUAAAAACGGAGCAAACAGUUUGGAACACCCAUGACAUCCGCAAGCAACGCAAUGCACCAGGUCCAUUUGGGAAACCCGACCUUCUGUUUACCUCACCACCUCCUGGAUAUGGCAAUGUGCUGCACAUAGUUGACCCAGACCUUUUAGACUACGCCAAGCAAUUAAUCUGUGAGGUGGAAGAGCCUUCACUGGUAGCAAACCAGGAAUUCAGAGACAUGUGCCAGAACAUUUUAGAAAACAGCCAAUUUCCCUGCACACCUGAUGGUUGCCUUGCUGCAUACCUCAUGCUAGUCCAAGAGCUGACAACUGCCAUGAACAGAAAUGCAGUUCCUACACCUUCUACGUUUGCAGAGGCAAAUGACAUAUACAUCUUUCUGAAGAGACAGAGGAUGGAAGGUGCACCAGUAAACAUUUCCAAUGACCAAUAAAUCAUACAACAUUGUUUGUUAACAUUUAUUUAUCCUUGUUUACAAUCAACAGGUAAUUUGAAAACUGUCUGACCAACAAAAUGUACAAUAAAAUGUUGAAAAACAAUUGA